AUGACCCUCAAACCCAUUCCGCGCGGUACACGCAUCCUCGCGGAGGAUCCCCUCCUGAUCGUCUCAGUUGGCGACUACAUGCUCUCCGAUGUUCAGAAGGCCUUCGAUAGUCUCACCCCCUCGCAGCAGACACUCUACUAUACGCUUCACUCAAGCCAUGGCCAGGAUCCGAAGAAAUGGCCGUCGCGCAUCCAUGAAUCAGUCUCACCCCAAGAAGUACUUCGAAUCAAAGAACAACACAAAGCGCGAACCGAUCCUUCACCCAGUCUGAUCAGUAUCUUUCAGACAAAUUGUAUGGAAAUGAAUGCGGGCGCCGCAGUAUUUCCACACGCUGCCCGCUUCAACCACUCUUGCAACCCAAACGCAUGCUUCUCCUGGAACGCCUCCAUCGGCAAAGAAACCAUCCAUGUCAUGAAUCCCAUCGCCGCGGGCGAAGAGAUCACGCUAUCUUACUGCGACAUGAUCCACGACAAGUCGCUUCGCGCAUACGAGCUCAAACAUUACGGCUUCACCUGCGAUUGCCCGGCCUGCAGCGACGAUGAAGAGGACGAGACGACGUUCGGUCACCAGAGUGCAGAGCGACGAUUCCGGUUACAAGAGUUGGAACGUGAGACAAGGUUCUUCCGUGGGGCAAACCUUGAAAAAGGCGCACAGCGAGAGGACUUCGUGAAGAAGUUGUUGCAGUUGGCGGCUUUACACAAAGCUGAAGGGGACUAUACCGCCAGACUGGCAAACGUGUAA